ACUUACUUUUAUUAAAAAUGAUCUGUAUAACUUUGAGCUAGGUUAUAAUCAUUAUUCAUUUUAGAAUAUGACUAUUUGAAAAUUCAAUAUUUUUCCACCAUUUUAAACCGUUUGUGGAAAAUGCACCCACCUGUAGCACUAAUAUGUUGGUUAUGAAGCCAACCAUUACCCAUAACAAUGACUGUUCCCGCCAAUUUUUUUUUAGACAACAACGAAAUGUGCUAUCCGCUGACCGCCACUGCCUUAUUUUUAAUGUUUAUCAUAAAACGCUGCUCGUGCUUCUCUCACCGAAAUUGAACAGUUUAACAUUGUUGUUGAGUGCUCUUAGAAAUUUAUUCUAAUAUUUCAAACCAAGUGGUUUCGAUAUAUUUUCGUCCCGUUAACCAACUGUAUAUAACUACAUUUACACUUAACCAUGGAUGUUGCAGAAACUCAAACUGGAGUCAACAGGGUACGCGAUCAGUUGAAAGUUAGAUCUCAAAAACUAUUCCAAGAUUUCUUAGAGGAAUUUGUGGAAGAAGGCAGUAAUGAACCUAAAUAUUUGGAAGUGGCCGUAGAAAUGACAAACUCUGAACGUUUCACACUAGAGGUUAGUUUCCUCGAUGUUGAAAAAUUCAAUCAAAAUCUUGCAAUCACCAUUCUUGAAGAAUAUUACAGGGUGUAUCCAGCUUUGUGCUUAGCAGUUGGUAAUUUUGUUAUUGAUCGUACUGAAGCUACUGGCAAUACUCAAGAUUACUUUGUGAGCUUUGUAGAUGUGACCACCCGAUUUAAUAUAAGAGAAUUAACAACAGCUAAAAUUGGCGAAUUAGUACGUAUUUCUGGACAAGUCAUAAGAACCCAUCCUGUUCAUCCAGAGCUAGUAUCUGGACAUUUCACUUGUCAAGACUGUCAGACAGACAUACCCAGUGUUGAACAACAGUUCAAAUACACUCAGCCAACUAUAUGUCGAAAUCCUAUUUGUGCUAAUAGAAGAAGAUUCAGUUUAAAUGUUAAUAAAUCUCGAUUUGUGGAUUUCCAAAAGAUUAGAGUGCAAGAAUGUCAAUCAGAACUUCCUCGAGGCUGUAUCCCACGGAGUCUUGAAAUUAUUUUGAGAAAUGAAAAUGUUGAAACCGUUCAAGCUGGGGACCGAUAUGAUUUUACGGGUACUUUGAUUGUGGUCCCUGAUAUAAGUGUAAUGUCUACACCUUCUGCCAGAGCGGAAUCUGCAUCUGGACAAAAAAGAGGCGAUGCAAAUAAUGAAGGUGUCAAAGGAUUAAAAUGUUUAGGAAUCAGAGAAUUAAAUUACAAACUGGCAUUCUUAGCAUGUAGCAUAUCUGCAACAGAUUCUAGGUUUGGUGGUACUGGAGAAAUGCACAAUGAUGAAUUGACUGCUGAUUCAAUUGAACGUAUGAAGAAACAAAUGACUGGUCCACAAUGGGAAAAAAUAUAUGAAAUGAAUCGUGAUCGAAAUUUAUAUCAACAUUUAAUUGAUAGCCUUUUCCCUGCAAUUCAUGGAAAUGAUCAAAUCAAAAAAGGAGUGUUAUUAAUGCUUUUUGGAGGAGUGCCAAAAAUAACAUUGGAAGGGACAACCCUUCGUGGGGAUAUAAAUUGUUGUAUUGUUGGUGAUCCUAGUACUGCCAAAUCUCAAUUAUUGAAACAAGUUGCUGAUAUGUGCCCUCGUGCAGUUUACACUUCUGGUAAAGCUUCUAGUGCUGCAGGUCUUACAGCUGCUGUUGUAAGGGAUGAGGAAUCUUUUGACUUUGUUAUUGAAGCUGGAGCUCUUAUGUUAGCCGAUAAUGGUGUAUGUUGCAUUGAUGAAUUUGAUAAAAUGGAUCCCCGUGAUCAAGUAGCUAUUCAUGAAGCUAUGGAACAACAGACCAUAUCAAUAGCAAAAGCUGGUGUUAGAGCUACAUUGAAUGCUAGAACAUCAAUAUUAGCUGCAGCAAACCCUAUUAAUGGUCGUUAUGAACGAAGUAAAUCUCUUCAACAAAAUGUAUCCCUUUCAGCUCCAAUCAUGUCUCGCUUUGAUUUAUUCUAUGUCCUUAUAGAUGAAUGCAAUGAAGUUGUUGAUUAUGCAAUAGCUAAGAAAAUUGUAGAUAUACACAGUAAUAUGGAAGAUACAGUCGAAACAUUAUAUAACCAAGAAGAUAUUUUAACAUAUAUUAGUUUUGCUCGACAGUUCAAACCUCAACUCACUGUUGAAGCUUCUGAAAAAUUAGUACAUGCAUAUACACAAUUAAGACAGCGUGAUAGCCAAUCUAGUACUAAGUCAACAUGGCGUAUAACUGUAAGACAAUUAGAAUCAUUGAUACGUUUAUCUGAAGCUAUGGCCAAAAUGGAAUGUUCAGAUCAUGUAACAAUAAAGCAUGUAUCAGAAGCUUUUAGUUUACUUAAUAAAUCGAUUAUAAGGGUAGAACAACCUGAUGUCAAUCUAGAUGAUGAUGAUGAUGAUGAUGAAUUAUUAAGUAGAAUACCAGAAACUAAUGGAAUGGAUGUUGAUCCAACAGAAGAACCUGACAAACGAAGUUUAACUAAAAAAAAGUUAACUCUUGCUUUCGAUGAAUAUAAAAGAAUUACUAAUAUGAUUGUUGUAUAUAUGAGAAAUGAAGAAGAAAAUAGAUUAAUUGAAAAUGAGGGUGGCGAUGAAAAUGUUGGUUUAUUACGUAGUAGCUUAAUUAACUGGUACCUGGAAAAAAUUGAAGAUCAAAUCAAUAAUGAAUCUGAGUUAAUAGAAAAAAAGAGCUUUAUUGAAAAAGUUUUAGAUCGUUUGAUAUAUAAUGAUAAUGUACUAAUUGCCUUAACGCAAUCUGGUGAUGUGCAACAAGAGGAAGAUGCUGAUGAUGAUCCUGUAUUAGUAGUCCAUCCUAAUUUUGUAGCAGACCUUUAAUCAAUUUUAUUGAAAUUAUGAUGUAUUUAAAUUAAAUUGAUUAAUAAUUUGUGUUAUAUAUUUGUUUAUAGUAAUCUUAUUUCAUAACAAUCGAUAAUUUUUUAAUUUUA